AACUGAGAGUGAGCGGCCCAGAUCCCACCAGGCUUCACAGACUGCAGCAGCGCGGGUGAGUGGCGAGGGGCCGACAACCAGGAGCCACAAGGGCGCGCGCCAUCCUGCAUCCCCAGCCCGGGACUGGACCCUGCACUUCCAGCCAUCUCGUCAUCAUAACCCACUCCUAUUAUUUGUUUUUGGACGUUGUCUUCUUUGUUUCUUCAGUGGAGUGCAGUUUACUGGAGGAAGAAAUGGCCAGCGGUCGUUCACCGUGUUUCUACAUAGAAGAACUUAAUAAAUACCAACAAAAGAAUGAUGUCAUACUUAAGUAUCGUGAACUGUGUAAGACAGGACCUGCACAUAACUUGAGGUUUACGUAUCAAGUUGUAAUAGAUAAGAAAGAAUUCCCCAAAGCUGAAGGUAGAUCAAAGAAGGAAGCCAAAAAUGCUGCAGCCAAAUUAGCUUUUGAAAUAAUUAAUAAAGAACACAAGGCAAUUAGUUCUUCAUCACUGCCGACAGCAAAUCUUCCAGAUAGACAACUCACUGAGAAUUACAUAGGCCGUGUUAAUACGAUUUCCCAGAAGAAAAACCUAUCUGUAAAUUAUGAACCAUGUGAACUGGGGGAAGAUGGGCCUGAAAAAUUUCAUUAUAAAUGCAAAAUUGGACAGAAGCUAUAUGGUAGUGGUGUAGGAUCCACUAAACAGGAGGCAAAACAAUUGGCUGCCAAACAGGCUUAUGAAAAGUUACAGUCAGAAAACUUUAUGAAUGCUGACCCGCCAUCCUCUAGUUGUCUCAAUACUGUGAGCAGAGACGUCCAAAGCAACUCUCCCACAACGAGCACAUCGGCUUCAGAGUCAACAACUGAAAAUGGCUUCUCAGCAAAUACGUCAGAAAGCAGUGAUAACAGUGACAGAUUAAACAAUUCUGUCCUAUCUCCAGUGAAUAGUUCCGGAAGUCAUCCCCAGAGGGUACCAAGAAUUUUGGCACCUACAUUUACCUCGCCCAUGAAGGAAGAAAACAUACACAGCUUGAACACCAGGUUUGUCAACGAUUUUAUUCAAAUAGAACCAAUUGGCUCAGGUGGAUUUGGCCAAGUUUUCAAAGCAAGACACAAGAUUGAUAAGAAGACCUAUGUUAUUAAACGUGUUAAAUAUGAUUGCGAGAAGGUAGAGCGUGAAGUGAAAGCUUUGGCAACGCUUAAACAUCCAAAUAUUGUUCUCUACUACGGUUGCUGGGAUGGGAAUGAUUAUGAUCCUGAGCAAAGCAUAAAUACUUUAAGAUCAAAGACAAAGUGCCUUUUCAUCCAAAUGGAAUACUGUGAUAAAGGGACAUUGGAACAAUGGAUUGACAGCCGAAGAGACAAGGAACCAGAUAAAUGUUUGGCUUUGGAAUUCUUUGAACAAAUAACAACAGGAGUGCAUUAUAUACAUUCAAAAGAGUUAAUUCAUAGAGACCUUAAGCCAGGUAACAUAUUUUUAGUAGAUACAAACCAAAUAAAGAUUGGAGACUUUGGACUUGUAACAUCCCUGAAAAAUGAUGAAAAGCGGACAAGUCGAAAGGGAACGUUGCGAUACAUGAGCCCAGAACAGAGUUCUUCAGAAGACUAUGGAAAUGAAGUGGACAUCUAUGCUUUGGGGCUAAUUCUUGCAGAACUUCUUCACAUAUGUCCCACUUUUUCAGGAACAGUGAAGCUUUUUGAACGCCUGAAGGCUGGCAUCUUAGAUGUAUUUGACUACGAAGAAAGAGGUCUUCUACAAAAAUUACUCUCAAAUGACCCCAAGAAACGACCUAACGCAUCUGAAGUACUGAAGACUUUGAAGGCGUGGAAGAAUGUCACAGAGAAAAAGAAACGAAACACAUGUUAGAUACUAAAAAAAAUAUCCUGCUUCUGAUAGUUGAUUUUCCUGUAACUGUCUAAAAUUUGCUGGGAAUUAUUGAUGGUAUUUCCCUUCUAUUUUCAUUUUCCCUUAAUUUUUUUGCCACAUUUGCAGAAAGGUUUGCAUUUUUUUUUUUUGUUACUUUAAAAACAUUCUUAAGGAGUUCCAGAGUUCCGGUCGUGGUGCAGUGGUUAACGAAUCCGACUAGGAACCAUGAGGUUGCGGGUUCCAUCCCCGGCCUUGCGCAGUGGGUCGAGGAUCAGGUGUUGCCAUGAGCUGUGGUGUAGGUCGCAGACGCGGUUUGGAUCCCGCAUUGCUGUGGCUCUGGCGUAGGCCAGAGGCUACAGCCCCAAUUCAACCCCUAGCCUGGGAAUCUCCAUAUGCCGAGGGAGUGGCCCUAGAAAAGGCAAAAAGACAAAAAGACAAAAAAGAAAAAAAAAUCUUAAAUUUGAUUUUUUCCUGGCUCAUCACCUUAUUAUGAAGAUGGGAAAAAAAUCCCUCAAAUUUUCUUUUUUAUACCAAUUAGUUAAUCAGUUAAUAUAAUUUAUUAAAUGUCUACUAUUUCUAGGCCAAAAAAAAUAAGACCUAUCCCUGUCUUAAAUACCUAACAAUCCAGAUGGAGAAAUAUGGUAACCAUGAAGCGAUAAGUAAAAAAGAUAAGUACCAUCA